UGCAUAAAAUGGAUAAAAUUGCAAAUAAAAAGUGCUUGGUUUUACACUCCAAUACUAUUGAAAUGGUUAGAAAGGAAAUCAAUUUGAGUAGGCCAGGUGAAAUGAAAGAAGUUAUUAAUAUUUUGAAGGAAUGGGUGAAAAUGCAACCGCAUUUUAAGAAGAAAGAUUUUCCCGAUUCGUAUCUGGAGAGAUGUAUUGUAGCAUCAAAAGGGUCAGUAGAAAAAGCGAAAAAUCGUUUGGACAAAAUGUGCACUAUGAGAACUUUGAUGCCCGAAUUCUUUGAAGACAAAGAUCUUACAAAGGAUUUCAAGGAAUUAUUUGAGACAGUAAUUCUGACCAUUUGCCCGAAAUUAACGAAGGAACACCAACGAGUUUUCGUAAUAAAAGCCUACAAGAAUCCUUCGAGCUCAAAACUAUUCACUACGUUUUUUAAAUAUGGAGUUUAUCUGGCAGAGUAUGAAAGAAAAUAUGAUUACAUCGCUGGUUUUCGUAUUGUUUACGACUUCAGAAAUUUGGAUUUAAUAAAUUUUGUUUCUAAAUUAAAUAUUGUUGAGACUCGGCAUGCUGUAUCUCUGUUUAUGCAAGGUUACGGCUUAAAAAUAAAAGGAAUUCAUAUAAUAUCAGAUUCCAAAGGUGUCGAUCUAUUUGUGAAUAUCAUCAAACAAAUAUUAAAGCCCAAGCUGGCCAGUCGGAUUUCAACUCAUAAAACGUUUGAAGAGAUACAUGAUAUUGUGGGAAAAGAUGUUCUACCAGCUGAAUUGGGAGGAUAUGAAAGGCCUAUCAAGGAAAUUCAUGAGGAUUGGAUAGCAGAAUUAGGAACAGAAGAAAACAUGGAAUACAUGCGUGAAAUGAACAAGGCUGGUACCGAUGAAACACUUCGAUCGAGAGACAAGUUCAACGAAGAUUAUGCUGGCAUGCCUGGCACCUUCAGAGUUUUGAGCUUAGACUAAUUAGAAUUAUAUAAAAUCUAGUUAGAUUUUAUUCUGAUAAGACACCUACCACGACGAUCCCAUUGUAAAGAAAUAAUAAUCUACUAUAUAAAAAUAAGUCGGGUUUUCCUUUCUGACGCUAUAACUCCAGAAUGCACGAACCGAUUUCCACGGUUUU